AUGGCGCGGGAGGCGGGGCACAUGAUGCUGUGCCGGGAGGCCACCGCCGACGAGCCCUGCGAGGAAGACGAGGAGUGCGACGAGCUGGCGGAGCUGCGGGAGACGCUGGCGCCGGCCAUCCCGACGAUCAAGUCGAACCGCUUGAGCAUGCCGCUGCCGCUGUUCCGGCACUACCUUGGUCACAGCAAGCUGGGCCCGUGGCGCAACCACUUCGCGCUCGCCGUGGCGGCGUCCACCGCCUUCGUCGUGUUCGCCGCGGUGGCCACCUGGGGCAUCGGCAGCUCCUUGAGCGCGGCGGGCUCGGAGGCCCUCCCGCUCGGCGGCUCGUCCUGCAGCUUCGGCGGCCCCGACGGGUGCCCCGCCCAGGACCUGUUCACGAACGAAGAGGUGCACGAGGUGGCGGUCAGGAACAUCCUCAACGUCGGGCGGCACCAUUUCUCCUUUGAUGAUCGACUCAUGAUCAGGAGCAAGGUGCGGGACGGCUUCCGCGGCAUCGCCGCCGAGCUGCGCGUCCGUGCCCCCGCGCUCGCCGAGAGGCUGGCGAAGAUCAGGCUGAGCAGGGCAGAGAAGGACGCCGUCUUGGCGACCCUGCAGCUCCUGAGCGACUCCAAGGUUCAGGAGCUGGGCUUCGAGGUGGGUCAGGCCGUCCGGGAGAGCGUGUCCACGGACAGGGAGCACCUGUCCCGCGAUCGUGUCCAGGUUGAUCCCCCGGCUAGGCGAGAUCACCCGCCUGCGCGAGUCCGCGGUGCCGGCAAGCCUGCGCAGGCUGUGGGGCUCUGA